AUGACAGACUACAGUCAUACAACUAAAGAAAAAAUAGAAUUUGUACGUGCUGUAGAAGAAGCAUUUUUUAUUCUUGACAGAAAUAAAAGUCGAUCAGUAGGAAGGGAUGAUUUCGUUCAUGUGGCUAACUCAAUUGAUUUGGAUGCUCAAGAGUCACUUGAUUUAUUACGUACAGCUAUCGAAGAACAAACGGAUGAUGAACAUUCAUCUGAAUUAAAUAUUUCUGAAUAUUGUGACUUAAUGCUGAGACAUGUUAGUUCAUCAGAUUUAGAUUUAGAAUUAAAAUUGACAUUUAAAUAUUUUGAUCGUGAUCAUGAUGGUUUAAUAACACAAGAAGAUUUGGAUAAAUUAAUAGAAUUUUUUAAUUUUAAUGAUGAAGAAUAUCAACAAGUUCGACAGUGGUUAACAGAAAAAGGAAUGAAUUAUCAACAAUUCGUUGAAUUUAUGAUGCACGAUUAG